AUGCAGAAGGGAGGAUGGACUAGAGUUUCUUAUCUCAGAGGCACUGGUUCGAGAUGGGAUACCUUCCCUUUUGGGGGGAGGAAUCGGAACUUCCCUCUAGUGAACAAAGAGGUGAUUUCCAUGUACGUUUCUGAGUUCCCGGAGGAUUACACUGCUAGAAAAAUCUUUAAUCUGUUUGGGUGUGUUGGUUAUGUGGUGGAAGUGGCUAUUUCACCUAGAAGGAAUAAGGUCAGAAAACGUUUUGGUUUCGCAAGGUUCACAGAAGUGGAAGAUGGCAGGCUCUUAGCGGUUCGUCUGGACAAUAUAAUCAUUGCAGGUAGGAAAAUACAUGUCAAUUUGCCUAGGUAUCAGAGGGGUUUUAUUGGGGGUGUGGUUAAGAGGGGUGUACCUAGAAAAGGGGCGGAGAGGAGAAUGCCUCUUUCGGCCAACGAUAAGAAUAGGAAGUUGAGAGGGGCGGAGAACAAUCGAGCAGGCAAGUCUUAUGCGGAGGUUGUAGCAAAGGUAAUUGGGGUGGCUGAAAUGAAGGAGGUUGAGAAACCACUGUUUAGCUUCCAGUCUAAGGAGGAAUUCAGAAGUCGUUUUGUAAAAGCGUAUGUAAGUCAUUUGCGUUUUCCAGGCACAGCAUAUAAUGUGCAGACUCACUUGGAGAUAGAAGGGGUCUUUGGGGUGAAAGUCACUCCAUUAGGUGGUAACUCUUGUUUGCUUGAGGAGUCGGAGGAGGGAUUUAUAGAGGAUCUGAUAAGGGAAGGAGAUUUAUGGUGGAAGGAUUGGUUUUCAGUUAUUAAGAUGUGGGAGGAGGGGUCAAUCGACGGUAGCAGGGAUGCAUGGUUCAGAGUCUAUGGUAUCCCUCUUCAUGUGUGGAAUUCUGAAUUCUUUGUGGCGUUAGCUGGUUCUUGGGGAAGGUUUAUAUGUGUGGAUGAGAACACUGCUAAAAGUGAAGUCUUUGAUGUCGCUAGAGUGAUGGUGAACAUCCCUAUCACUCUUAAAAUUCCUGACACCGUAACAGUGAGUAUAGAUGGUGGAUUGCAUAAUCUUUGUGUUAGGGAAGAUGCGGCUGGCAUGAUGCGAAUGAAUACGUGA